GGUGGAGCGAGAGAAGCUCGAGGGGGCGGGGGCGGAGAAAGGUCAAGCCGAGGGAAAGGCAGGAGACGCCUCUCCUAACCUGCGUGGCGGGGCGUGCGCGCGGUUAUUUAUUUAUUUUCUCCUUAUUUAUUGAUCUCACAAGCAGAGCAGCGCGGGGAGCCGGGGGAGAUGCAGGACCACCCACUGGCUGGGAAGCAGCGAGCAGCUCUCCCGCGCCCCCGCGCCACCGAGCGCCUUCUGCCUCCGCGCUCGGACGAGAGCCGGUGCCCACCCGGGCCCCGGCCCCGCGGCGCCGCCGCCGCCCGCCCCGCAGCCCCGCGGCCCCGCUGCCCUGCCGCCUCGAGCCGCGCUGGCCGGGUCCCCUCCACAGGGGCCGCUCUGUAACUUGGCAGCAGCGAGUCCCCUCGGUUCUCGCCUCCCCCGCACCUUUUGAACUUGUUGCUGCCGCUCGCUCGCUUGCGCCCGGCUUUCGGAAGGUGAAAAGGAGGAGGGAGGCACGGAGGGAUGGGGGAAGGGGAAGAAGAGCUGGCUUGAGCUUUAUUUAUGCUCCCUCGGUGCUUCGGAUUCGGCUGCUCGCUAGCUGCUUUCUCUGCUUUUCCCUUUCCGGGGACACGGCGGGGAGAAAGUCUCUCUCUAUGCAACUCAGCCCCGGCGCGCACUUUGCCAGGUAUGUACCGCGGGCGAGGCGCGUUCUACGCGGAGGCAGAUGCUGCAGCCGCCACGGCGGCGGCGGCUGCCAGCUCCUGGGCUCUGUAACUGUCACACUGCACCUGAGCUGAACUUGAGAGCGAAGGGACGAUUGGGCGAACGCUUUUGGCAGACGGAGAGGGUGCUUGUAGACGAGCUGGAGGAAGACCUAUUUUAACGCCCCCCACUGUGCCCACUGCCCAUCAUCUCUCUCUCUGCAAAUAGAGGAGUAGAGGUGGCAACCGGACCCCAAAGAGAGACGGGGGCAGCGGCUGUGGCCACCUCUCCUAAGCCACAACAGGUCUUCCCCCCCCCACCCCUUUUUGAGACUCCUUUGGCGGGAAUGGCUACUUGGAAAGGGAAUGUUUGAAAGAGUGAAAAGAGAAGGUGAAAGGGUUCCCUGAGUCGUCGGAAGAUACUACUGGGUGACUCUUCUUGGUCCUUUCUAUCCUCCACUCCGUUGACUGACCCCAUAUAAUCCAGACUGUGUCAGGGGAGAAAGCAAAGACACCUGUGUGAGGAAGAUCCUGCUCAUCUGAAAUCACCUGUGUGCUUAUCGGUGCCCGUGGGUGGCUUGGUCCAUCCGCUGGAAGAUGUUUGCUUAGAUUCUAUUGGGAGUGAUUUUUAGGACAGUCUUUUUUUUUUUUUUUUUUGGAUGGUGUUGGUUGUUAUUAUUCUAAAUACCUGUCUUGAGGGAGACUUGCUCUUCAGAGAACUGUGACUUCACGUGGAGCCCUACCUUGAAGAGUGACACCUCUGGGACAAAUUUUCCAGAAGUAGUUUGUUGGAGGAGAAGAAGUGGGUGAUUCUGCUGCUUUGGUUGACCCUCUGUAGGAGCCUGGUUGCCCUUCUUUCCUCCACUUCCAGGAACCAUGGCGGCAGGGGUGGCAGCGUGGCUGCCCUUUGCCAGGGCAGCGGCCAUCGGGUGGAUGCCCGUGGCCUCGGGGCCCAUGCCCGCUCCCCCGAGACAGGAGAGGAAAAGGACUCAAGAUUCUCUGAUUGUGCUUAAUGUGAGCGGCACGCGUUUCCAGACGUGGCAGGACACCCUGGAACGUUACCCGGACACUCUGCUGGGCAGUUCCGAGAGGGACUUCUUCUACCACCCGGAGACGCAGCAGUAUUUCUUUGAUCGGGACCCAGACAUCUUCCGCCACAUCCUGAAUUUCUACCGCACUGGAAAGCUCCACUAUCCGCGCCACGAAUGCAUCUCUGCUUAUGAUGAAGAAUUGGCCUUCUUUGGCCUCAUCCCAGAGAUUAUUGGCGACUGCUGUUAUGAGGAGUACAAGGACCGCAGGCGCGAGAACGCGGAGCGUCUGCAGGACGACGCGGACACUGACACCACGGGCGAGAGCGCGCUGCCCACCAUGACCGCCAGGCAGAGGGUCUGGCGGGCCUUUGAGAACCCCCACACCAGCACCAUGGCCCUGGUCUUCUACUAUGUGACAGGGUUCUUCAUCGCCGUCUCGGUCAUCGCUAACGUGGUGGAGACGGUGCCGUGCGGGUCGAGCCCUGGUCACGUUAAAGAGCUGCCCUGCGGGGAGCGGUACGCCGUGGCCUUCUUCUGCCUGGACACAGCCUGCGUCAUGAUCUUCACGGUGGAGUACCUACUGCGCCUGGCUGCCGCGCCCAGUCGGUACCGUUUUGUGCGCAGUGUCAUGAGUAUCAUCGAUGUGGUGGCCAUCCUACCUUACUAUAUUGGGCUGGUGAUGACAGACAAUGAGGAUGUCAGCGGGGCCUUCGUGACCCUGCGAGUGUUCCGGGUCUUCAGGAUCUUUAAGUUUUCCCGCCACUCUCAAGGCCUGCGCAUCCUGGGGUACACGCUGAAGAGUUGUGCCUCAGAACUGGGCUUCUUGCUCUUCUCUCUCACCAUGGCAAUCAUCAUUUUCGCGACGGUAAUGUUCUACGCAGAGAAAGGGUCUUCAGCCAGCAAGUUCACGAGCAUCCCCGCAGCCUUCUGGUACACCAUCGUCACCAUGACAACACUAGGAUAUGGUGACAUGGUACCAAAAACCAUAGCGGGGAAGAUUUUUGGUUCCAUCUGUUCGCUGAGUGGGGUCUUGGUCAUUGCUCUACCGGUCCCCGUGAUUGUGUCCAACUUCAGUCGGAUCUACCACCAAAAUCAACGAGCAGACAAACGAAGGGCACAAAAGAAAGCCAGACUUGCCAGGAUCCGGGCUGCCAAGAGCGGAAGUGCAAAUGCUUAUAUGCAGAGCAAACGGAAUGGCUUACUCAGUAACCAGCUGCAGUCCUCAGAGGAUGAGCAGGCCUUUGUCAGCAAAUCCAUCUCUAGCUUUGAAACCCAGCACCACCACCUGCUUCACUGCUUGGAAAAAACCACGAAUCACGAAUUUGUGGAUGAACAAGUCUUUGAAGAAAGCUGCAUGGAAGUUGCGACUGUUAAUCGUCCUUCAAGUCAUAGCCCCUCUCUCUCUUCACAAGGAGUCACCAGCACUUGCUGUUCACGGCGACACAAAAAAACUUUCCGCAUCCCAAAUGCCAACGUCUCAGGCAGCCAUCGAGGCAGUGUGCAGGAGCUCAGUACAAUUCAGAUCCGGUGUGUGGAGAGAACACCUCUGUCUAACAGCCGAUCCAGUUUAAAUGCCAAAAUGGAAGAGUGUGUUAAACUAAACUGUGAACAACCUUAUGUGACUACAGCAAUAAUAAGCAUCCCAACACCUCCAGUAACCACGCCGGAAGGAGAUGACAGGCCAGAGUCUCCCGAGUACUCAGGAGGAAAUAUCGUCAGAGUGUCUGCUUUGUAAGACAGUCGGAAUCAAAUCUAAGAAAAUGUGAGCCCUGCCUGUGGAAAGAAUUUCAAUUUGGAAGAAAGAAGAAACAAUAAGCCCUUUGCAGAUUAAGGCAGCAAAACAAGAAGGUUGAUAGUGAAACAAAACAAAACAAAACUUCCACACUUGAGGAUGUGAACCAAACCACCACAUGGCAUUUCUAGACGGAGUCUGACCCGUGGUCCAGAGGAAUAUUCUGAGGCCCUUUGACUUUGCGAAUGAGCACAAUGAAAUGCCGCCUAUUGAUGCUUCUUGUGAUCAGAACUCUUUUUUAAUAAAAUAAAAUAAAUCUUUGAACAUAAUGUUCCAGUUGAAUGCAAAACAAAAAAAAAUAUGGCAAACAUUUUGAUAAAAAUUUUUCCUGUUAAAACCAUGAACAUUGGCUGUGACGAAGAGUAUUACAUAUGAAAACAAAAAACUCAUGCAACACAUUUGUAUCGACUGAAGGAAACCAUCGUAAUGCAUGCUAGAAUUCUUUGGAGCAGUGAUCUCAGUUUCCUUAUGUUGUCUUCAGACUAGGCAUGAUAAACUAUAAUUGUAGAAAGGGGGAAUUUCUAUGCACUUACCAAAAGCUGAUCGUUCAUGUUCCAUGUUGGGCUGUGCAAACAAACUCCUUUAGAACUGCCGUAUUUCUCCUGGGGAUGCUUAUUAGUAAAUCUAAAGUGUUCAGAUAGUUCAGUAUUAAUUAUUGUUUAACCUUGCACCUAGAUACUGUUACAACUGCAAUAAUUCAUUGUAUACUUGUUGUACCAGGAUUCAGGAUUUUUUGUUAUUGUACUUUCCAGAUCUUUAUAGAUACAGUAAGAGCUGCACUCAUAGAAAAACUUCUAGUGUGGCCAAGUUUUAGAUAAAUUUUUAAUCCAAAACUAUUGUGCCAUAAUGUUGUUCAGUACUAUUCUUUGUUCCAGUGUAUUCCCGUGACUCAGUGCGUUAUCUGUUCCUGUAUUUCUACAGCACCUUUCUAUUGGUUUAUCGUCAUCAAUGUUUACUGUAGUUCAAAUGAGUUUCCCACUUUUGUAUUCCCCAACAGAUUAUCUUGUAAGUAGAUUAUCAGCAAUCCCCUCAUCAAAAUCUAGGAAAAAAAAAAAAAGGAGUUGACAUCUGUGAAUUAUCUCCAACGUCUUUGUUGUUUAUGGAAAAGCUCAGAUACUGGAUAUAUCACUCUGUGUUUCAUGAAAAGAGUUGACUGGGACUAAAAUCACAGGAUCAAUGAUCUCAGAAUCUUACUUGAUGUACUAUUUAUUUUGUUUUAGAUCUUGAAUACAUUUUGAGAAUAACUAAUGUGAAUUGAAAAGUAGAGAUUAACUGGAGUGCUUCGUGUAGCAAUAUUUGUUGAAAGCACGCUUUCAACUCCAUUCCAGAAGGCAGCACAAAUUUAUCUCAGAAAGGUUCCUGUGUAUUGCAAGGUGCAAUUUUCUCCACUAAAUAGGAAGGACAGGAGUUUGAUGAUGCAAAAUUGAUCUCUUUGUACAUUUAAGUGAAAAGUUUUUAUACCUUUUCACCCUUAAAAUAUUAUCGACAGACGUGUCUGCACGUGACAGUGUAAAAAAAGUUCAAUGUCAAGUGCAAAGUUUUUGUUCAUUCCAAGUCACCACUGUAAGGAAAAAAGCUUAGCUUCUAUACAUGAAAAAGUUAAUAAUUAUCCCUCCAUCAUAGAGAUUUUAAAAUGCUUGUCAUAAUUUAUCAUGAAAAAGGAUUAAUCCAAACAUUUUCAAGUUAAGCCAGAAAUUCUUGCUUCCCAUUUCUAGAAUAGCUUCCAGAACAGUGCUGUGCACACAGUAGAUCUUAAUCAACAUUUGCCGAGUGAAAGUAAGAUAAGCUCAAUUAUCUCUUGGGAAGAACUGGCUUAAACCUAGUAUGUCUCUUUAAAAGUUACUGAUCUUCCCACAGCAUAAAUAUUAACGGUUAUAUUAACACCUGUCUCAUGUCACUUUAUGCUUCUAGAGCAAAUGUCUAGUGAAACUUCUUUGAUGGCAUUUAUUGAAAACUUUUUCAAAAGUAGAUUAAGGGAACUGCAAUCAGGAAUACUUACAUAGUUUGAUUCCCAAUGAGAAGUUCUAUUUUUCAUAUUCUUAAUAUUACAUAAGAGAAAAUGCAGUUAGGUUAUUUUGGUUGACAGCUCUGCCUCCUCUUUUGAUUUAUCUCUUAUCCCAAACCAUUAAUUUCUUUAGACUUUUGGGAAAAAAUAAACUUUUUGAUGUUUUAGGUGAUUUAAAAAUAUACUGUGUUGGUGGUGAAUGAUUAUCGAUGACUGUGUUAAGUGCAUCUGUAAUGUAAGUGAAGUGUAAUUCUUUCUGUGUACCAUAUGGAGUAACUAAGGUCAUUGUUUUUGACAAUUUUGUUUAAAAUUCAUAUAUCUUAUUUCAAAGGAUAGCAUAAUACCUGCAUUAUGCUGGAAAAAAAUAGACCUUUGGAGAAUACUUAAAUAAAACAUGUGCAUGCUUGAACAGGA